UCCUCCUGGCCCCUCGUCCACCUCCGACACCAAGGCGCUCCGACUUUCUUUCCCACCUUUUAUCCUCGUCGAGGCAAACUUUGAUGGAGAAUUUCAGACCAGGCUGGAAAAAUGCCUGUUAUGAAAGGAUUACUGGCACCUCAAAACACCUUCUUGGACACGAUCGCGACCAGGUUUGACGGCACACAUAGUAACUUCAUCCUUGCAAAUGCUCAGGUGGCUAAGGGAUUCCCCAUAGUUUACUGUUCUGAUGGCUUCUGUGAGCUUUCUGGAUUUGCACGAACGGAAGUCAUGCAGAAGAGCUGCAGCUGUAAAUUUUUAUAUGGUGCUGAAACAAAUGAGCAGAUGAUUCUUCAGAUAGAAAAGUCACUGGAAGAAAAAAUUGAAUUCAAAGGAGAAAUCAUGUUUUAUAAAAAGAACGGGUCUUCAUUUUGGUGCCUGCUGGACAUUGUCCCUAUUAAGAAUGAGAAAGGGGAUGUAGUUCUGUUUCUGUCCUCUUUCAAAGACAUCACAGAUACAAAAGUGAAGAUUUUUGUGGAUGACAAAAAAGAAGAAAAACUCAAAGGAAGAGGAAGAACAGGAUCACAUUUUGAUUCAGCACGCAGACGAAGCAGAGCUGUCCUUUAUCACAUCUCCGGACACCUACAAAGAAGAGAGAAGAACAAAUUAAAAAUUAAUAAUAAUGUUUUUGUAGAUAAACCGGCAUUCCCGGAGUAUAAAGUUUCAGAUGCAAAAAAGUCCAAAUUCAUACUUUUGCAUUUUAGCACCUUUAAAGCUGGCUGGGACUGGCUUAUUUUAUUGGCAACGUUUUAUGUUGCUGUGACUGUACCUUAUAACGUUUGCUUUAUUGGCAAUGAUGAUCUAUCUACAACGCGAAGCACAACUGUCAGUGACAUUGCAGUGGAAAUUCUUUUUAUCAUAGACAUUAUUUUAAAUUUCCGAACAACUUACGUCAGCAAGUCUGGCCAAGUAAUAUUUGAAGCAAGAUCUAUUUGUAUCCACUACGUGACUACAUGGUUCAUCAUUGAUUUAAUUGCUGCACUUCCUUUUGAUCUACUUUACGCUUUUAACGUCAAUGUUGUGUCCAUUGUCCAUCUUCUAAAAACUGUGCGACUGCUGCGUCUUUUACGUCUUCUUCAGAAGUUGGAUCGUUAUUCCCAGCACAGUACUAUUGUUCUGACUCUACUUAUGUCUAUGUUUGCAUUGCUAGCUCAUUGGAUGGCUUGCAUUUGGUACGUUAUUGGAAAGAAGGAAAUGGACAAAAAACCCUACACUUGGGACAUAGGUUGGCUUCAUGAACUGGGAAAACGUCUGGAGUCUCCCUACUAUGGCAAUAACACCUUUGGAGGCCCAUCUCUCAGAAGUGCCUAUAUUGCUGCCCUGUACUUCACACUCAGCAGUCUCACCAGUGUUGGUUUUGGUAACGUUUCAGCCAAUACGGAUGCUGAGAAGAUAUUCUCAAUUUGCACAAUGUUGAUUGGGGCUUUGAUGCAUGCCUUGGUUUUUGGUAAUGUGACUGCUAUCAUUCAACGGAUGUACUCCAGAUGGUCCCUUUAUCAUACAAGAACCAAGGAUCUGAAGGAUUUCAUAAGAGUCCAUCACCUGCCGCAGCAGUUAAAGCAAAGAAUGCUUGAAUAUUUCCAAACCACAUGGUCUGUCAAUAAUGGAAUAGAUUCCAACGAGCUUUUAAAGGACUUUCCGGAUGAGCUGCGCUCAGACAUCACCAUGCACUUGAACAAGGAGAUUUUGCAACUGUCCCUUUUUGCGUGUGCCAGUCGUGGUUGCCUCAGGUCUCUGUCUCUGCAUAUCAAAACCUCCUUUUGUGCUCCUGGGGAGUACCUCCUUCGGCAGGGAGAUGCCUUGCAGGCUAUCUAUUUUGUGUGCUCAGGUUCCAUGGAAGUUCUAAAAGACAGCAUGGUGCUGGCAAUUCUAGGUAAAGGAGAUUUAAUUGGAGCAAAUCUCUCAAUUAAGGACCAAGUGAUUAAAACAAAUGCCGACGUGAAAGCUCUUACCUACUGUGACCUCCAGUGUAUUAUUCUCAAAGGACUCUUUGAAGUGUUAGACCUUUACCCAGAAUAUGCUCACAAGUUUGUUGAAGAAAUUCAACAUGAUCUCACAUAUAACCUUCGAGAAGGCCACGAAAGUGAUGUAAUCACACGAUUAUCAAACAAGUCUGCAAUCUGUCAGGCAGAUUCGAAAGGAAAUGGCAGCAUAAACAAGAGACUUCCAUCCAUUGUGGAGGAUGAGGAAGAAGAGGAGGAGGUGGCUGAAGAGGAGGCAGCUACUCUCUCUCCAGUCCACACAAGAAGCACUACCUCCUCCCAGCAGAAAAAGUUGGGAAGCAAUAAAAACUAUCUUGGGAUAAACUUGAAACAGCUGGCCUCAGGAACAGUGCCCUUCCACUCACCGAUCCGUGUUUGCAGCACAAACUCCUCUCGAACCAAGCACGAAACUGAAUUGCAUUAUUACAAAAGGAGAGAGAAGAACCUGAAGCUCCAUCUUUCAACACUCAACAAUGUUGCUCCUCCAGACCUCAGCCCUAGGGUUGUUGACGGUACAGAGAAUAGUAACAACAACGAGGAAAGCCAGACAUUUGAUUUUGGCUCUGAACAGCUCCAGCAGGAUUCCACAUCAUCUCCUCCCAUCAGGGACAAUGAAGAUGGUGCUGGAGCACUAGUUAUCAAAGCAGAAGAAACAAAACAGCAGAUCAGCCGUCUUAAUAAUGAGGUCACUGCUUUGACUCAAGAAGUCUCUCAGUUAAGUAGAGAUAUGAAGAAUGUGAUGCAUCUCCUGGAAAGCCUAUUGCUAGCCCAGAAGUCCCCAGAAUCCUGUGCAAGGCACAGCUCGGCCAUGAGUCCCAGCAUGGAAAGCUUGCAGGCUAGAAUGAGCUGGACCACACGCCAACCAUGUAUGCAGAGACAGGUUCCAAACAUUACUUGCACCAAAGCACAGCUCUCCCAUUCCAAUACGAUCGCUGGCAUCUGGCAUAUGGAUACAGCUUCUGCAGGGAGCAGUCCACAGAGAACUGAGUCCCAUGUUCAAAAUUCUACAGACAGUGAAUUUUAUUAUACUACAGGUCUUGAAUAUUCCCCUUCCCCUUACCAUGUCAUCCAGAAAGAUCAUUUGCAGCUGGUGACUUGCACCUCUCCACAUUCAGACACUACUUUGACUCCCCUCCAGUCCAUUUCAGCAACUCUCUCUUCCUCCAUGUGCUCCUCGUCAGAGACAUCUUUACACCUUGUGCUGCCCAGCAGAUCAGAGGAAGGCAGUUUUAGUCAGGGAGCAGUCAGUUCGCUAAGCCUUGAGAACCUGCCUGGGUCUUGGGACCUGGAAGGAACAACAGGAACCGUAUCUGCACAGACCUCAGAGUUGCCUCUAGAUAUUAAGACAAGCACAGUGGAUGUUCAAGAUAGCAAAGCCAUCGACGUAUAAUCAAUCUGAGAGAGAAGGACUCCAAGCAUGCUCCACUACUGCCAGCUGUAAAUGUAUCCAGUACUGCAUGACGACUUCUCUCUUUUCUUUUUUGGCCUUUUCUCAGAUGCUCGUGGCAAAGCUGAAAAUUCAUAUGAUUAGGAGACCAGCGGAAAGACAACAGCUUCGCUAACUCAUACAAGGAGAAGUAAUUUCUAAGCUUAAGAAGCACACUGAAAACCUUUUAUACACAGAGGUUACUGGCCUGCUCAACAGAUUUUUGUGAUACUUUGCCACUCCAGAGACCUAAAGUAGCUGGAAAACUACGGCUAAGGAGCCUUUUUUUUCCUGUGGAAAGGAAAGGGUUGGUGUUUUUUUUUCCCCACCCCUUAGUGCUUGAUUGUUGCUUCCAGACAAUAUCCAUGGCACUGUUUGCUUCAGGUGUUCUAGGCACCUGCUGGUAUUGAUGUCAGUGCUGUAAAGGCAAAAGGACAAUUACCGCUGCAUGUCAUCUUCUUGACAAUCAACCAAAUAGAGCUGGUAGAAAGUGAUUAAUUGUUGCACGUUCUUUGUUAUGUAAAUCAGACCUCUUUAUCAAAAACACUAUUUUUCUAAACUUGGUAAGAAGUAUGUAUUUAAAAUAUUUAU